GAAUGUCAAGAAGAAGUUCAAAAGGUUCGAGAUAGUGCUGUUAUGAAUCAAAUUAUAUUGAUAGAUGAUACACAGGCGUCAUCUGGUGAACAAUCAUUAUCAUAUGAACAAUCAUCAUAUGAACAAUCAGAAUCUG